AUGACAUUAAAGUUGUUAUCAAGCUGUGACUUUGCUUGCUUAGCAAUCUUUGAUCCAGUCUGUGCUUCAAAUGGUGAGACUUUUAGUAACGCGUGCGAAUUUGAACAAACAAGAUGUACAUCGCAAAAUGAUACAUUGGUCAUUGUCUCACAAGGAGCAUGCAAUAAUGAAGAUAGUAACGAAGACAGUAUUGAUGAAAUGGAAGCUUUAUGUAUGGAAAAGUUUGAUUGUCUUGACGUGUACGUGCCAGUAUGUGGAUCAGAUGGAAGAACAUACAGCAAUAAGUGUUCGCUCGAGAAAAUUCAAUGUUACACUCCGUCGCUAAUCCUCAUUUCAAACGAAGAGUGCAAUAACGAUACUGCUGGCAGUAGAUUGAAUGCUACAAGUGAUCAAGACACGGUGCAAUUCAUCGGUUCAAUGUCCAGUUCGGACAAUUGUAUCGAGAGCGUUUGUACCAAAGAAUUUCAUCCGCUCUGUGGCUCGGAUGGCGUCAUGUACAACAAUGACUGUCUUUUUGAAAAUGCCCAAUGUAUGAAUUCAUCGCUCUCGCUUGCGUUUGAAACCAAGUGCAAGACUGCGUCAGGAUCCCUCGCAUCGAUCUUAGAACCAGAAGAGAUUUUAGAUCCAUCCAAGAACUCGGAAUCGACUUUGUCCGACACGAGCAAUGCUAACACCUCGCGCAAAAGCUGUGUUUUCUUAUUGCUCAUGGUUGUGUUACUAGAGAUUCUGUCAUAA